CAAAGGCUCCCGCGCGCUCUCCUCCUUACGGUGCUGGUCCCUCAGCACAACCCCUUAUCUAGGCUGCUGGAUAGGGGCGCAUUGACCGGUAAGCAAGGUGCACACGGGUUCACUUGUGUUUACUUCUCUGGAGUGCACAAUUUCACCUGGCCCGUAGGUGAAUAAGCACAAAUUAAUAAUAAGCACAAGUAAGCCCGUGCGUGCCUUGUUUAUUGGACAAUCUGUCCCUGCUGCUGGAUCUGAUUAGAAUUUUCUAGGAUUGUUGCUGAUUUAUUGCAGUUGCCAAAACAAAGGGGAUUUGGUGAUGGAGGCUUUGUUGGAAGGAAUGCAAAAUCGGGGACAUGGCGGGGGAUUUUUGACAUCUUGCGAAGCAGAACUACAGGAGCUCAUGAAACAGAUUGACAUAAUGGUGGCUCAUAAAAAGUCUGAAUGGGAAGGUCAGACACGCUCUCUGGAAACUCGCCUGGACGUCCGUGAGCAGGAACUCAAGACUCUUGGGAGUCAGCUGGAGGUGAAACGCAAAGAGGUUGGAAUAUUGCGUCAGCAGGUAGAAGAACAUGAAAAAGUCAAGCAAGAAAUGGCCAUGGGGUAUAAGCAAGAGUUAAUGAAACUACAUGAAGAAUUAGGCAGACUGAAGAGAAGCUAUGAAAAGCUACAAAAAAAGCAUAUAAGAGACUCCAGAGGAAACUCCAAAAAUCACAGGGAGGAUCGGUGUGAAAUUGAGAGGUUAACUGGAAAAAUUGAGGAAUUCCGUCAGAAAUCACUGGACUGGGAGAAGCAACGCUUGAUUUAUCAGCAACAGGUAUCUUCUCUGGAGGCACAAAGGAAGGCCCUGGCUGAACAAUCAGAGAUAAUUCAGGCUCAGCUUGCCAAUCGGAAACAAAAAUUAGAGUCUGUGGAGAUGUCCAGCCAGUCGGAAAUUCAGCACCUUAGCAGUAAGCUGGAGCGGGCCAACGACACCAUCUGUGCCAACGAGCUGGAAAUAGAGCGUCUCACCAUGAAAGUCAAUGACUUGGUUGGAACCAAUAUGACUGUUCUGCAGGAGCAGCGGCGAAAAGAAGAAGAAUUGAAAGAAUCUGAAAAACUGUUAGAGAUUUUACGGGAAGAGAAGAGAGAAUUGAAAGCAACUCUUCAGUCUCAAGAAAAUUUCAUCCGCGAAGCAAGACUUCAAAAGGAGACGCUACAAGCAAAAUUAAGGGCAACUGACACUCAGCAUGCAAUGGAAGUCAUGAGGUCACUGGAAGAGCCUCAGUCAGAAAGGAGGUGCAACUCUCAAGGGCGGGAGGACUUAGAAAAUGUGCUCUCGCAGCUGGAUUUCACCCACACUAGUGAGGAACUUCUGCAGGCAGAGGUGACACGUCUUGAAGGCAGCUUGGAAUCUGUGAGUGCAACAUGUAAACAGCUAAGUCAAGAAUUAAUGGAAAAAUAUGAAGAAUUGAAGAAGAUGGAAGGACAUAACAAUGAGUACAGAGCAGAGAUUAAAAAAUUGAAAGAACAGAUUUUACAGGCUGAACAAACCUACAGUUCUGCACUAGAAGGAAUGAAGAUGGAAAUCUCCCAGCUAACUCGGGAGUUGCAUCAGCGAGACAUCACUAUUGCUUCCACCAAAGGCUCUUCCUCAGACAUGGAAAAGCGACUGAGAGCAGAGCUACAGAAGGCAGAAGAGAAAGCAAUAGAGCACAAGGAGAUUUUGGAUCAGCUCGAGUCACUCAAGUUAGAAAACCGUCAUCUUUCUGAAACAGUGAUGAAAUUGGAAUUGGGUUUACAUGAGGCAAAAGAGAUUUCUCUAGCAGACCUCCAGGAGAAUUACAUUGAGGCAUUAAAUAAAUUAGUGUCUGAGAAUCAGCAACUACAGAAGGAGCUGAUGGAUACCAGAUCUAAGCUGGAACCUUCCACUCAGAUGUGCCCCCCCAAAAAUGACAGGAUUUUUAAAGCAACAUAUGGCAGAGCUACUGAGUUCAAGAAUACAGAGUUCAAGCCAACCCAUGGCCAGCACAGACGGGGUGGAAUAAAGACUGAGCACUACAAAGCAGGCCUUCGAUCUCCUCCGAGAGGACAAGCGUCGGAUAGCUUAGAGCCUGUAUCCAGGACCCUCAGCCCCCUGAGUCCUCAAACCAGCCCUGGCAGCUCCACCGUCUCUCUGCCUUCUAACUUUCAGUGUAAAACUGAUUCUUUGCCUUCAGCGUUAGAUGCAAGUGAUGCCAAUUUCUCUGACACUGUGUCUGAGAGUAUGAAUGACCAAGAUGAGUUUAUAUCUUUGUGUCCCUUGCCUGUGUCCCCCCUUGGUUCAAUAGCCACGAGAUUUUUGGAAGAGGAGGAGCUGAGAUCUCAUCAUAUUCUGGAGCGUCUGGAUGCCCACAUCGAAGAACUAAAAAGAGAGAGUGAGAAGACAGUGAAACAAUUCACAGCUCUGAAGUAGCCUCUUGAAAAUCACAAGCUUGGAAAUAAAAAUAAAACACCAAAGAGUUACUACCUUCUGAAGUCACGGCUCUUUAAAAACUUGAGCAUAUAAAAAUUAUAAAGAUGCUACAUACUAAAGCAAUUGUGAAGCAAUCUGAAAAUUUGAUUACCUCUCUUAGUCAUUUUCACUGUACUAGUUUAUUUGAAGGACUUCUUCCAGCAAUAAUCUGUAAGAAUAAACCUCUUUGCUAGACUUUUCUCUCAUAUUAAUAUUUAUUAUCAUAAAGUGAUACUUCCUCUUGCUGACUUAAAUGUGAAUAGCUGUCUACUAAUUAAAGAUUUUAUGACACAUAUUGGAAAUAAAGUAACUACAAGGACUUCCUUUAAAGAAAGUACAUAGUUGCAGCGUGGAUUUAAGAGUCAGAUUGAUUGGUACUGGUGCUGCUGGUUUUGCCAGUUAUUAAAAAAAAGAGCCAUGUGAAAUCGGGCUGGUUAUUUACUUUCUGGAAACCUUAGGGGAGGAUAUCACUUAUUUUAUGAGGAUUAAAUGGGAAUUCCUGGGUUAGGAUGACAGGAAAGAACUACUUUGGUAUACUAGAGUAUAAUGUGCCAGGUUGGUCUGGAAAUGCGUAAUGAGGGCCAUUAUGAGGAACCUUGACAAGAAGCACACUCUUGCUCAUAACUGAAGUAUUAGAUGGGUGGGCAGAAGGCAGGGGCUGUGUGUUGCCUGAGGAACAUCCACAGGGAAUUGUCAGGACCUGCGUUGCUGAGGAGAUGAUCAGACAGGGAUUAAAAUCUGGAUGUCAUCAACGUGCAGGAGGCAUUUGAAACCAUGAUAACUGAUGAGACUGAGGGGAAUGUAUCAAGAGAAGAGAAUCCUUGAGGUCCUGAGCGAUGCCAUCUUUUGAGGAUCAUAGGAAAUGGAGUCACAAGGGAGAGAUGGUGUGCACUUGCAGACAAAGAAGGCGAAGUGUCGUGUGCGUGCCAGCUCAAGGAUGGCUCCUGCCAUUCUCCCCUCUCAACUGGACCUUUCCCAUCUCCACCACGAAACUGCUCUUCUGUUCUCAGUCAUUAGUGACCUGCGUAUUGCUGAAUUCAAUAACUUCUUUACGCUGAACGUAAUCACCUCUGAGCAUCAUUUCACACAUUUGGCUUCCUCCUCUCUUGGCUUCCAUCAUCCCACACUCUCCUGGUCUCUCCCCUCUCUGCUUCCCCACCUCACUGGCCACGCCAUCUCAUUCUCCUUUGCUGGCUUUCCCUCUUCUAACCUUUGUCAGAGUGCCCGCUAGGGCUUUGACUUGGUUUUUCCUAACUCAAUGUACUCGCCCUUGACAAUUCCUUCCAAUUCCCAAGCUUUAAAUGCCAUCUAUAGACUGAUAGGAGCCCUGGUGGUGGUAAAGUGUUCGGCUGCUCCCCUUUUGGUUAGCAGCCUCUGAUUGCAUUCAGGGUAAAAUCCAAAUUGCUCUCCACAGCCCACCAGCUCCUCAGCAGUCAGCCCUGCUGCUUCACCUUUCUUUGUUCCAGUCACACCAACUCCUUUAUGUUCUUGUUCACAACAAUCUUUAACCUUUUAGGCUCUUUGCACUUGCUGUUUGCCCGGCAUCACUUUCUCUCACUUUACCCUGUGACUGGCUUUUUCUCCUCUCUCACCUGCACUCCAACGCCUCCUCUUCAAAAAGGCCUUCCCUGACUACCUUACCCCAAACCUGCUCCUCCUAGACUCUCUAGCUCACGGCCCUGAGUUAUUUCCUCCAUAGUACUCACUACUAUGUGAAGUCAUUUUGUUACUUGGUUUAUGUUCUGUCAUCUACCUUUACCAGUAGAAUUAAGCUCCAUGAGGACAUGGACUCAUGAGGGUAAGCCCCGUGAUGGUAUCCAGCACUUAGGAGGUGCUCAGAUAUUUGGAACCAAUGGGUACAUGUCCUUCCUCAGAUGCACCAGAUUCUUCUCUCAGUGCCUCUGUACAUGCUGUCCCUGGGGUCUGCCUCGCCUUUCCACACCUACCUGCCCCUAAAACACCACAUUCACUUGACUCCUUUAUUCUUGCUCAGUGAAGCCUUCCUAAGGAAAGGCUUCUCCUCGUUGCUCGUGUGUGCCCCUCUCAGAACACUGGCCACACUGUGCAGUCCUCUGUACUGCCGUCUCCCCCACUGAAAACCUCGUAAGCAGGGACCAGGCCUGUCUGUAUGCUCAGGCAGUGUGCUGCCUAACAUAGAUGCUACACAAAUACUGGAUGAAUGAAAAUCACUGUUAUUCUGGUUUUCAUUGUACUUUUCUGUAAAUGGGGAUAAUUAAUAUCUCAUGGGGUUGAGAGGAUUUACUGAGAAUGCAUUUCUGAAAGAACUUCGCAGACUCCAAAAGUACGACACCCAUGUGGAUUGGUAUGAGGGAAUUUCUGAGUUUCAAAACCCAAGAUUCAGCUUAAAAAUUUGUAGGCUGCAAUCCUGCUUCUGAACUAUCCAUACCAAAAAACCCCUAAACUCAUUUCCUUUGAGUUGACUCCAACUCAUAGCUACCCUCUGGGGCAUAAGAUUUCCCAGGAGCAGCUGGUGGAUUCAAACUGCCAACCUUUGGUUAGCACCUGAGCUCUUAGCCACUGUGUCACCAGGGAACUCUCCAUAAAAAAACCAUAGUAUGUGUUAAUUAGGAGGAACAAUGACAAACUCUGAGGUCACUGGAAAUAUUUGAGGAAUCAUGAGGUACUUCAAAAUUUAUACAGUGUUUUUAAAGUUGAAGUAGUUAAUUGAUCGCCUAAAUUAAAUUGAUGUCAGAAUGUUGUAAUUUAAGAUUGUGAUUUAAUCUCUGAACUUCAUUUUCCAAAAAGAUGUUAAUUAAAAUGUGUCAAAACUAAGCAUGAGUUAGUUUCUUAAUACACAUUUUACAAAGUGGUUCAGUGGUCAGACUACUCAGAUGAAAAGAUGAGAGCUCUGUUGUCUGUUUUAGGGUUUGCAAAUGAUGUUUUGUUAAGUGAGUUACCUCAUUCCUCUUGGCCUGAAUUCCCAGUGAGUUUUGUUUGAAUUCCUAUGCAGACUUUAGCUGAAGAAGAAAAAGCUAAGUUCCCACUGUGAGGUGGACACUACCCUCCCAAGGAGCCCUGUUUGAAUUCAAGUCGAGGAGGCAGUGGGUGUUGGUGUUUCCGUUUGACAAGGAGGGUUUAGGUGGUUUGCCCAGGGUCCUUUAGCCCAGGCUCUUUCUGGCAGAGAGAAGUGCCCUAUUCUAGAAGUAGUGAGCAUGGAUGGACUCUGGUCAGACGACCUUGUCGGUAAACUGCUCUGCCACUUCUUAGCCGUAUGGCCUCGAGCAAGUCUCCAUGUCUCAGUUUUCUGAUCUGUAAAAUGAGGGAAGUAAAAAUAAUACCUACCUCAAGGGUUUUUGUGAAUAUUAAAUUUUGUAAAGCACUUAAGACAGUGCCUGGCAUAGCCCUGUGAAAGCAUCUUGUUGAAUAGAAAAAAUGCUACAUCACUCUGUACCUCUUAUACCUACUUAACUCCGACUGUACCCUCUCCACGUACACAGACACAUAACACCUGGUAAGCUAUGGGCGAUGGUUAUCUGUUUGCAAAACACCCUCUAGUCUAGUACCUACAUGCUAUUGGCGAGAAGAAUAACUAUAAAAUAAACUUUGUGUCAUUGAGAGCAUAAGUAGGCUAAGCAAACAGUUGUCAGGUGCAGUAUUGAGUGCAGAAUGGCAAAGAAUAGAAAAAAUUGUAUUUGUUGGCUCGUCCAGAAAUGGCUUGAUAUAGUGUACAGAAAUGCAUCCAAAAGAAAAAACAGUAUGGGGCAAAGUGAAAAAUGCGGGUCAUAAAGGUUGACCCACAAACAAACAUCAUCUAGUUCAAUUCGGUUGCUAGAGGUAGGCAGCAGAGUUAACUGAGCUUUCUAGGGGCAAAAGCAGAGAAGAAACCACUAUUACAAGCUUUAUGGUGGUAUCUGCAAGGCCAAAACAGACUGUGUGCAAGAGAAGGACUUUUCCAGAGGGUAUGAGUGUGUGGUUGGUAGGAGAGGCCCUGCCACAUUUUGAUAAAUGAUCACAGUAAGAGACUGUACCGCCCUGCCUUCUAGUGAGCUGCAGUGUGGGCUGAGGGUUUCAGGCUCAGGUGCGGUUCAGAGGGAGCAGGUCUGAGGUCCCGCACGGGGUGGUGUGGUGCUCUCGUGGCCUGGCUUGAUCAAAGAGGGGAACUUAGACUAUGUAGAGGAAUGGAUGGACCACAGGCCUUUCAAGCACUCCUCUAUGAGUUGUUUCUUUGCAGUGCAGUUUUGAUAUAUUUGACUAACACAGUUUAUUCUCUGUGGGAACUUUGUGUUACCCAUUAAGUGCGGGUAAAAG